CCUCUGAUGAAUGAAUGAAUGGAAGGGUAUUUUUGGUCGCUGAAAUGUCACACCUCUGCUCACGCAGUGACGGACGUUUGCAGCAGCAGAUCCAUGUGACUGCUAACACUAUUAAUAACAGCUGACCACCAGGGCCCCAGUCUGACAUACACAACACAAGGACAGAAGCACACACCAGAGCCCCAAAUGUUCCUGCAGGGAGAAAACACUGGCACCUUCCAAGAGGACGUCUUGUCCCUCUGCGACAGGUAGGUCGCCGUUUGCUGAACAUGAACACAUUUAAACACUAACAGAUUUGAAGUCACUUCAACAAAGCAGAAUAACCUUCAAUGACACCGAGUGAGAGCAGCUGGAAGAAUUUGAUAACAACGUCCUCUGAGUGACCCUAAUGACUGCACGACGGAAUGAGUGAUUUAUAUUGAAGAGUUUGUGAAGUAUCAAAAAAAAAAAUGGACGAUUUAGACCACAGCAUGCACAUCGCAGAGUUCGACUGGAGCAGCUUUUACGAUGAAAGUGAAGAGUGCGUUUCGCUGCAGCCGGCGCUCGCCUGCCCCGACGACCUCAGCGAUUCAGACGACUCUCUGAACUCCAGUUCCGUCUCCGGCAGCAGCCAGCAGGACACGCAGCAGAACGCUGAGGUGGACAGUGAUGUAACAGAGAGCAACUCUGCAGGAUGUAACUGCAUAGAGUCCUUGCUGAAGCUGGAUGAGAGCGGUGCACAAGUGACAGGUGUCUGUCCAGUGGAGUGUCCAGCAGGAAAUACCCUUGGCACAAAGGAGGCCCAUUGGAAGAAUGUAGAGGAAGUCACAGAGGAGAGAAGUGACAACACGAACACACUGCAACCUGACACAUUAUGUGCCGAGUGUUCAGAAGCUUCCAUAACCCGUGACAAUGUGCAACUAGAAAAUGCCAAAUAUGAGCCAAAUCCACUAAAUGUCAAGGAGCCACACACAACAGAGGGAGCUGUGAGUGACAGUGGAAGUCAUGUCCCUGCAAGAGCAGAGAAGGAGCGCUGGUUUGUGACAGUGGAUUACACUCCUGUGCGGCCGCGGGCACGAGCCCCCACCGUGAAAAAAAAACGCAGGCAAAAAAAAACUUGUAAAAUCAGUCACACUCGCUGCCACAGGCAAGAAAAGUCCCCAGAAUUAGAAGAAGAAGAAGAAGAAACUGCAGGAGGGAGAGACGCAGAGUCAAAUCGAGAUUUGAGUCGCACCUCAGGAUGGGGUCAGAGUGCCGACACAAAUCCUGAGAAGGAUUCAUGUGAGGAAGACACUGUGUCGGAAAACUCGGUUCAUUUCUCUAAAGAAAACUUUUUUGAGGCACCGGCGGACAAAAAUAUACCCAAACCGGGCCGAUCGGCAUCCACUACAACAUCACACGACACAUCUACAUCCAAAGCCCUCUCUCGGGCGGAGAGUGCUGAGUCAGACGAGUUCUCGUCCAUUCACAGUUAUGACUCUGAAAGCUAUUUGACUGCUGCUGAGUCAGCAGAGGAAGCUCAGCAUCUUCUCACAGGAGAAAGUCUUCAACCUGUGGAUGUGAUGCAACUGCAGAGCUCCGUGUCUCUGCCGAGUGAGAGACAAAUGCACUCUUUUCACAGCGAUCUCUCCCACAAUGUGGCAGCUGUCAACCGUGACAGUAAUGAAUGCACAGUGGACGCUCGUCGUGCCCUGACAUUUCCAUCUGCCGGACAAAGAGCCAACGAAAUGCCAGACGACAACUCCACGUGUGACAUCAACACACACGGUGUGGGGCCCCGUGUGCGGUCAGACGCACCGGGGGUCCAAAAACACGAUAUUAAUCCCGUACCAUGUGGUAGCUCCUCGGGGGAUCAGCUCAGUCCUGUUCCUGAUUUAAUUGUAACACCGUGUCCUGUGGCCGACAGCCCCGAAACAUACGCUGAAGCCGCGGGCCGCGCUCGGCCCGUGUUUGCCAUUUCUGCCUUUUGGAACGAAAUGGAAAAAGUGACCAUAAAUGACAUUUUACAGCUGAGGAUGAGCAGAGACACGCCUCCCAGAGGAACAGACCCAACCGUGACAGAAAACGUUGACGAGAUAAGACACAGUCCUCUGGUUGACCGCGGCCUCGUGGAACUGUCCGACACGGCCGAUUCCGACUAUUUCACACAGCCUGACGAGUCGAAGCCAGAGCGCUUUUCCACCUCUGACUUUGAGGAGGAGGAGGAGGAGGACUGGCAGUUUGUUGGCACCAGUGGGAACUCCACUCCCGACCCUCUGGGCAAAAGCCAAGAAAGAACCAGCGACUCUUCCCUGUUAUCUUACGAAGAGGAGGACGAGUCCACGAGCUCUGAAGGAACGCAGACGCCCGUGCCUUUGGAGAACUUUGCAUGUUUUGAGGGUCAGGGUCUUGCUUGGCCGGGGCAGAUGACAAAAAGCAAAAGUAUGCACAACGUACAAGCGCUCAUCAAAGAGGAUGUGACUGACACCUUUGGUAACGAUGAGAGCACGGUCCUGAGAGACAAGAACUGCCCGGAAACAUUAGCACCAGCGCUGUUCCUCUCCAGAUAUGACACUGAUGUACUGGACGAACAUUUCCCAGAAGUGUUUGAAUACUUUUUCACAGAAGAUAAAACAAAUAAUAACGAGUCUGGGUGUAUCACCGUUUAUAAUCCAGAUGAACUCUCCGUAGCUCCCGUCUUUGAUUACAGUCUCUGUCCACUGAGGGAUGACGUUCCUCCACUCUCUUUCCUCCUCGAUUCUCUCUGUAGUGACGGCAAACCCAUCCCCAUCUUCUCCUGCUGUCCUCCGACCAUCAGAGAAAUCACGCUCCCAAAACCGGACUAUGUUUUCCUGAGGACAGAGGAGGAGGGGGUGGUGGCAGACGACUUCUCUCCAAUCAGAGUCGUGUCUUGCUCUUUCGUCCAGGCCGAUCAGUGCGGGACACGUGCAGCAGCUGCAGGUGGAUCUUACAGCUGGAAAACCGCUUUGAACAUGAGGGAGAUCGGCCUCCGUGGCAGGGGAAGCAUCUGGGGGAGAACGUCUGGCACCUGGAUGUUUCCACCAGACAGUGAAAAGCUAGAGGGAAAAGUCUUGGCCUUGACGGUGCAGCCGAGCAUACUGGAAACUAAAAAGACAGCAAGACAAGAAGGCAUCUUCUCGACACUGAAGCAGUCAGACAUGUGUUUGGUCUGCAUUGCCUUUGCCUCCUGGGUCCUGAGAUCUUCCGACCCAGAGAACGCCGACACCUGGAAAGCAGCUCUGCUGGCAAACGUGAGCGCGCUGUCGGCAAUCCAGUAUCUGCGACACUAUGUGAAGAGGAGACCUCGUCAAGACGAUCCCUGACAUUUUACUGCACGCGACAAGAGAAGCCAUUCCCAAAGCUGUUUCACCUGGGUCCAUCUAUGCACUGUAUGUACAGAAUAUAUACAUAUUAUAUAUAUACUCUUAGCUUCUGAGUUACAAUAAAACCAUGUUCAGGGAGAAGUUACUGAUUUUUCCAGCCUUAGACUAGCUGGAUAGUCUUUUUAAGUCAUAUGCAAGAAUUUUAAAUCCCAAUGAUGCCUUUGUUAAGUAUAAAUGAAGAAAUCAUCUACGGUAAUAAAUGCAGUAGACGUAUUGCAGGUGAUUAAACUGUGUUUUUGUGGGACUUAACUCUGACUUUGGUUAAACCGAUGUUCAGAGGACCAUUACAUCUGCAAA